AAGUAAAACGAACUUUUUUUUAUUUAUUUAGUGUAUAAAGUGUGUUUAGAAUACAUAGAAAAUAAAUACUUAUGCCUUUGCAACGUGAAAAGGUUGAUAUAAAAUACGGCACUCAUCACACCCCAACCUGUGUGUCCAUUACCAACACCACCACCACCGACAAAACCAAGAAAAUAAAACACGUCGACGGCGAAAAUGAUUUGAGACAUUUUCGAUUAAAAUCAUAUAAAUCAAAAAUUUCAAAUACCUCCGGCUAAAAGAAUCGGAAUCGUUAUUGGACGACAGUUUAUAAUUGGAAUUCUUUUUCGUAUCAUUUUGUUAAGAGUUAGAGUCUUUGUUGUUUUAGUGCUAAGCAAUUUUCGUGCUAUUAAACCAAUACGAGGUGUGGGUUAUUCAGUUCAAUUAUAUGUAAAAUCAUUUGUCGUUCUCCUUAUUAUCAGCAGCCUCGUACGCCGUUGACGCCAUCAUCGUCAACACCAUCAAAAUUCAACAUUUUAAGAAUUUUUAGUUAUGUCAUCUACCGCCGGUAAAAGAAAAGAAAUUUACAAAUAUUUGGCACCAUGGCCAUUAUACUCUAUGAACUGGAGUGUGCGUCCGGAUAAACGAUUUCGCUUGGCGUUAGGUAGUUUUAUUGAAGAAUACAACAACAAAGUCCAAAUAAUUAGUCUCGAUGAAGACACAAGCGAAUUCAGCGCUAAAAGUACUUUCGAUCAUCCAUAUCCUACAACAAAAAUUAUGUGGAUACCUGAUUCUAAAGGCAUAUAUCCAGAUUUAUUAGCCACUAGCGGAGAUUAUUUACGCGUUUGGCGUGCCGGCGAACCGGAUACACGGCUGGAAUGUGUACUCAAUAAUAAUAAAAACAGUGAUUUUUGUGCCCCGCUAACCUCAUUCGAUUGGAACGAAGUUGACCCCAAUUUGGUGGGUACUUCUUCUAUUGACACCACCUGCACAAUAUGGGGCUUAGAAACGGGGCAACCACAUGGACGUACACAUGUAGCCGGCCAUGUAAAAACACAGCUAAUUGCCCACGACAAAGAGGUAUACGAUAUUGCGUUCUCCCGUGCCGGUGGUGGCCGUGAUAUGUUCGCCUCGGUCGGUGCUGAUGGUUCAGUGCGAAUGUUCGAUUUGAGACAUUUGGAGCAUUCAACUAUUAUUUAUGAGGAUCCCACGCAUACAGCUUUAUUACGUUUAGCUUGGAAUAAACAGGAUCCAAAUUAUUUAGCCACCGUUGCAAUGGACUCGUGUGAAGUUAUUAUUUUAGACGUUCGUGUUCCUUGUACCCCUGUUGCAAGACUGAGCAAUCAUAGAGCGUGCGUCAACGGUAUUGCGUGGGCGCCGCACAGUUCCUGUCAUAUAUGCACUGCCGGUGAUGAUCACCAAGCACUGAUCUGGGAUAUACAGCAAAUGCCACGAGCAAUUGAGGAUCCAAUUUUAGCUUAUACAGCAGCCGAAGGUGAAGUCAAUCAAAUUCAAUGGGGCGCAACACAACCCGAUUGGAUAGCAAUAUGUUAUAAUAAAGCAUGUGAGAUCUUACGUGUCUAGAAGAGAAUUGUGAUAAUAAACACAAGGGAAGCAAAGCAGUUGCAUCAAAUAAAUAUGAAAUGGAAGAGGAGGGAAGAAGGGCAACGGCAAAAUAUAUGCAACAGUUGCUAUGUAAUGAUCAUCAUCGGAAGCAGCAACAACAACAAUGAAGUUAUGAUGCUCACCAAGUUAGAAGACAAGAAGAUGAAAAACUCAUAUUCGUAUAUGCACAGCAGCCGCAACCACAGCCACAACAAAAUUAUUUAUUAAAUCUACAACUACAACAAACAAUACUAUAACAACAAGAACAACAACUACUAUUAAUAUUAAUAACGAUAAUGUGUAAGUGCAAAAAGAAAGAAAAGCCAAUAAUACCAACAUUUUCAAUCGGUAGUAAAGUAAAACGAAAGACGAAAACAAAAAAAAAAAAAAAA